UGUUUAUGGAGUACGUCCGCGGACCACGUCCAGGAAGAGUGGGAACGUCAGAUACUAACACGGAGCAAAUGUCAGUUUUCUAAUGGUGUUGUUUGCGUAUCCGCGUUCUGCGCCAGGCUUGGUCUAUAGUUAAUGUCUCAGAAAUCCAGGGCGGAUACAGUGAAAUGGGGUUUGUUCAGCAAAUCCUCAGCUUGAAUUUGCCGAAAGAACACGGUAACGUUACAGCGCUGACCGAGUUCUCAGAGAUGUGGUACGGCGUGUUCCUGUGGGCGGUCGUCUCCUCUCUGGUGUUCCACCUGCCCGCCGCCCUCCUGGCCCUGGCCACGCUGCGGCGGCACAAGAUGGCACGCUUCAUGCCCAUCGCCAUCCUGCUGAUGAGCAUUUUGGGCCCUCUCUGCGGAGGCGUCCUCACCAGCGCAGCAAUAGCGGGGGUGUACAAAGCAGCGGGGAAGAAGAUGAUCCCCCUGGAGGCCUUGGUGUUCGGAGUGGGGCAGUCCUUCUGCGUCCUGGUCAUCUCCUUCUUAAGGGUCCUGGCCACCCUAUAGCAUCUAGGAGGACGGCUGUCUCCAUCGCUGUUGCCGCGGGCAACGGGAUACGGCAAGCGCCCCGCCGCAGGGGGACGUGAUGCAGACGUACACCUGCCCGCACCGAGGCCUUACCCCUCAAAGUCCGGCCACGUCUUUCUCUCAAGGGGUCGCAUUCCCCCCCUCCUCUCUGAGCAGCCGGGGGGCUUAAGCUUUACUGAGAGCUGUUUUGAAGCCCCCCUCCCCUCCAGUCUCCCCUCUUUACCUCUGUCAUAGUCCAGAAAACAGAACCAACUGCCUGCUUCGCAGUUCUGGCUUUGUUCCUAUGUAAGACAGAAACUCAUCACACACCCAGACCAGCUGAGAGCAAUCAGUGGGCCACACAUAAAGUAACGCUCAUUAACUGCUUCAAUUUAAAAUGCAAAUUUGCCUGUCAAAGACAGUCACUGGUCUACGUGCUAUACAGACAUCCCCCGUGUCGGAAACGCUUUUUACAGACUCAGGAGCCCGUUUGCAACUUGUUGUGGAGUGACCAGUCAGUCUAGCAUGUUUGGCUGGUGGAGGGCGACUUCAUAAAUAUGUGAUGCAACUUUCUGACUGAGUUCUAAUGGAUCGGCACAUUGAUUUUUUUCCUCAUACAAAAUACCUGCUUUUAUUUGGACGAGACUCUCUGUAUCACACUUGAACCAAUCAGAGUCAAGCCGCCCUCACGUCGGUCCAAUCCAGCGCCAGCUCAUACUGCAGUCUGGAGGAGAUUGUAAUAACUUUCCAGUUUCUCUUCUCUGUCUCUCAGUGACUUCUUGACCAAGUGGGUGUAGAUAGUUUGUGCCCCUAUGCAAUGAGCUUUGAUAGCUUUUCUCCCCAAAAAGCUGUUAAGACUUGGGAUAGCUGAUCCCGGAACAGCGUUUUUGGAGCACUGACUUGCGCAAGGGAACGGAACUUUGAUGUUAUUUUUUUUGCUGCAAGGACAUCUUUUAAUCCACUCCCUUUUUGUUUGUUCCAGAACACUUGUACUUCAUAUUAAUCUUGUGAACUUCAGAACAAUGUCAGGAUGUGUAUUUAGCUACUUAUAACCUUUCUAUUUUUCAAUCUAACUUAUUGCUUUUCUAUUUCAUAGUUAUAAUUUUCCAGAUUGUACCAUUUUUGUUACUGAUAUCUGUUACAUUUGUUGUAAUCCUUGAAAUGUGUGUUAUUCAUGAAAUUACAUAACUUAAACUUUCCAAUUACGAAUGUGGAUUUGUUUUUUUUUUUUGUUAUUGUUCAAAUUUGUGCAUUUCUAAAACCUUAACCAAAGAGAACAGAGAAAGUGUAAUAAAUGUAGGAAUUAUUUAGUUUUGAAAAGGAAUGAUAUUGGCUGCCCGUAACUACAUGCACAGUGUGCUGAAUGUUGAAAAUCUUCUGUAUGGCUUGCGAAGAUGUGGUUAAAGUCCAACCCUGAAUAAUUUGAAAUGGCUUAGUAGUUCUCAGUUUACUUUUUAAAGUUUUAUUUAACAUCAGACCAUUAUGUCUACUGCUGCACAGAUGAAAGGUGUAUUUUUUUGUGUGUGUGAUUAAUUCUGUUGAUAAUCCUUUGCCUUGUAAGUAACCUACACACUGCAAGUCACAUGACCUGAGUGACUGGUACAGCAUUACACCCUUCCCCCCAGGUCAGAAUUUUCCAAAUCCUGACUGUGGUUCAAGUGGUUCACUGGAGUAAGAGGUCCACCAGAAGAGUUGGACAGAGUAGUGCGAAGAGAGGACAUUAUUGAUGGUAUUUUUAAACCAUUAAAAUAACUUUGUGUUGAAUGUGUAACAUCCUUUUUCCCAAAGGCAAUUUGAAACUGCUGAAGCGUCUGAACAAGUUAUGUGGCGUGUUAAUGCAACCGCAUUAUUUAGGAAUUGUUUAGGAGAAAACAAAUGAUUUAAUUUAUUGUUGGCAGUGUGAUUUCCUUGAUGUCAUAGCAAAGGUUGUGGCAUUGUAGGAUGAAACCUGCCACAAACGCUGAUCUGGGUCUUAAGUUUUGCUACACCAGAGACCAAUUUUUCCACAAAGAAAACAUCUUAAUACUUUUCUGUGAUGUGACUAUAUAUUAUAUUACUACUGGUAUGCCCUUGCAGUCUUGCUAUCAGUUUUAAAAUUUUUUAUUUUUGGAUGAAUAUUUACUUUAUGCUGUUGCAAUCUGCAUCAAUUUGUGUCAUGUUCAGGGCCAUGUUGAUUUGACCAGACUACAAUAAGUGCCAAUCCUUGUUAAUGCUUUCAGUUAAUAAAAAUAUAUUUAAAUUGUCGAA